CAAAGAGAACGGUCGGUUAACGCAGGAUCGUACGAAGACUUUUAGAACCCGAGACUAUUUAUAGGGUCGCACGACAUACGUAAAAUUCAUGGAAAUACAUGCACGAGGCACGGAAGAUGGUUUUGAUGGAAGAUAGACGACGCGACUAACAACGUUUCACGAGGAAACGCGAUUCGCGCGUCUCGAUUGAACAGGCUAGAAAUAAUGCACGGUAGCUGGCAUUAUAUACCGUACAGAAUUGAAAAUUGUAUCGGUCGCAACGGUAGAAGACUCGGGUAAUCUAUGUCUUUGACUAAACGUUCGAACGUUUAACGAAGAAGCUUCAUCGCGGAAAUUGUUUGAACGAUAAAAUUGAUACGAUCCUGAUUUUCGCCGGUCUUUACGUUAUUGCAAUUCGUGGCGGUGGUAGGGAUUCGCGUGGACGUAGUAGGGAGGAUGGCAGAUUUCCGUUGAGGGGGCGCGUUUACGAAGCGACGUAGCGCGGCGGGAGAGGCGAAAGGCGGCGCGGGAGAAGUGGAAAGCCGGGAAGAGAGAGCCGACGAAGGGAAGAAUCGGGGUCCACAACAAAAUCGCUUAAUCGCUUUGCGCCACCGUCCGCAACGGAACACGGGUCGUCCGCCGCCAUCACGGUGCCCCCUAGCGUGCAUUUAUGUCUUUCUCUUUCUUCGUCUCUCUUCGUGUGAUUUGCUACGCCACUCGGUGCCGCGACGCGCGACGUUUUCACGGACAAACCAAGAGUGACAGCUGCCAAUCGUCAACGCGGUACGUGCUUCACGCGACGAGCAGCAAUUGUCCGUGUGUCAUUUCGCGAAUACGUAAACUUUUGUGAAAAUCCGUGGUUAGUUUGGCCGUUCCGUACGUAGUCGCGUGUUACGAGUGCUACAACCACGGCAAAAGUGAGUGUCUCCUGUGAACCUCGGCACGGGGUUGCCAAACAUCGGUUAAACUUUUGCUUCGGUCGUGAUUUUGUUCGUAGGUCAGGUGAUGGUAAGGAUGGAAUAAAAAUGAAUAAAAAGGAAGAAUAUUAUGGGCAUAAUUGUGUGUUAGAGUAUCGUUAAGAGAAAAACCUCGAGAGACGAGAUCGACCGUUUUCAUCGAGCCGCAAGCGGAAUCGCGCGUAGAUGACUGACAGUGGGGCGAUCGAGAGCGACCUAGAAAGGUUUCAAAAGACAUUUUCCCGUUCACCCACGUAUAAAGCUGUCCUCUCGCUGCAAAAGCAUAGAGCCACAUAACGCGAAACUUCGUAUAGUUAUCGAGACGGCAGAAGAGGGAGGAAGACGCGAGAGAAAUGGAAAAAGUUGUGUACAAGCGUGAAGAACAGAGACAGGGAAUGAAAGCGGCGGCAUGGCCGGGCAGCACUACUGCCUGCGCUGGAACAAUUACCAAUCAAACAUGACGUCCGUUUUCCACCAACUCCUUCAGACGGAAGCGUUCGUCGAUGUCACGCUAGCGUGCAACGAAGCUUCCUUAAAGGCACACAAGGUGGUAUUGUCAGCGUGCAGUUCCUACUUUCAAAAGCUUCUGCUCUCGAAUCCGUGCAAGCAUCCGACGAUCAUCAUGCCCCAGGACGUUUGUUUCAAUGAUCUGAAAUUCAUCAUAGAAUUCGUCUACAGGGGCGAAAUCGACGUGUCGCAAGCGGAACUUCAGUCGUUGUUGAAAACGGCCGAUCAGCUGAAGAUCAAGGGACUCUGCGAGGUGCCGGAAAGCAGAGACGGUCCACCCUCGGUUAGUCUGAGUUCGCCACCGAGGGAACCCGGAACUCCUAGAAUAAAUUUCACCAAACUGAAGCGACAUCAUCCGAGAUACAAGAGAGCCAGAACCAGCUUCGAGCCUCGAGCAACGGACUCGAGACACUACGACAGGUACAAAGAAGAGGAAUCGAACGAAAAUUAUAAUCGAGAGAACAAAGAGAACCACAGAGAUUGGCAAGCGGACGAUGAAGAGUGCACGGAAGCAACCACCGCAGCAGUAGCCUUGGAAACUUGUCAGCGCAACAACAACAACAACAACAUCAACAUUGCUAACACCAGCAACAUCAACAACAACAAUAACAAUAACAACAACAACAACAACAAUAAUAACGGUAGCAAUAGCAGCAACGGUAACGCCACCAACAAUAACAACGGUGACAUGUUCUGUCAUACAGGACUCGGUCAUUAUGGUCACCAUCCGGAUCCUGGAGAGGUCGAUCUGCCUCCAGAGACCCAACCUACGCCGCCUAGCGCCACCUUAGUCGGAACCACGAUCACGCAUCUCAGAGAUCCGGAUCAUCAUGCCACAGAGAUCCAAAACUGUGACAGUGUAAAGAUCAAGUUCGAAACGUUGCACACGAUGGAUUCGUCGGACACGAUCGACAUCGACAGCCACAUGUCCGAUCGGGCGAGCGUCAGUUCGAAGAACGCGACCGACAACGACAACAUGAUGAUGAUCACGCCGGAACUGCUCGGUUUAAUGCCUUCCGGAAGCUCCGUUCACUCGGAUUCCGGCGAAAAUAACUCGAGGGGUCAUUCCGGACAGUCUACCUCCCACCAUCACGGUUCCAAGUCGUGGACUCAAGAGGACAUGGACGCCGCUCUGGAAGCGCUGCGAAAUCACGACAUGAGUCUCACGAAGGCCUCCGCGACAUUCGGUAUACCUUCGACGACGUUGUGGCAAAGAGCGCAUCGACUAGGUAUAGACACGCCGAAAAAGGACGGGCCGACCAAGUCUUGGAGCGACGAGAGUUUGAAUAACGCGCUCGAGGCUCUGCGAACCGGAACGAUCUCGGCCAACAAAGCGUCGAAGGCGUUCGGGAUACCUUCCAGCACCUUGUACAAAAUCGCCAGAAGGGAAGGCAUUCGGCUGGCUGCGCCUUUCAACGCGAGUCCCACCACUUGGUCACCCGCCGAUCUCGAUCGGGCGCUCGAGGCGAUAAGAUCCGGCCAAACGUCCGUGCAAAGGGCAUCCACCGAAUUCGGUAUACCGACGGGAACCUUGUACGGCAGAUGCAAGAGAGAGGGCAUCGAACUCAGCAGGAGUAACCCUACACCCUGGAGCGAAGACGCUAUGACCGAAGCUCUCGAGGCGGUCAGGACACAUGAGCAUCAAUCAGGCGGCUAUUCACUACAAUCUACCGUAUUCUUCUCUGUACGGCCGUUUCAAGAGAGGAAAGUACGAAGAACCAGCCGUCGGAGACUUGUCGCAAGACGGCAGCAAUCCUCAUUUCCAUCAGAGUCCUACUCAGAAUCAUUCGUCCGCCGUACCGGAUCAGAUGCCGUACCAGGGCAGCUGAAACUUACCUCUCUACUAGAGCGAUAAGUUCACGUUCUCUUUGAACUCGUAGUUACAAUUAAUCGAAUGUUUUGGAAACGACGAAACCCAUCGACCAAAAAUCUGCGUCACCGAACGAUCAACGACUUUCGAGCGAACGAUACCGCGGCCAAGGAUACGCGAUAUCAUCGAUACCGGGCAAGGGUACACGAAACCCGCAGUAUUAAAGAUCGAUUACCAUAAGCGAAUAUUAUGUAUAUUGUAUGACUUGUAGGUCGAGUCGGAAACCUAGGUUAAUUUAUAAUUUAUAAGAAUUAUUUAUAAAAAAGGGACGACUAAAAAACACUGUACAGUCGGGACAAUCCCGGUAAAUCUCCUUUAGCGCCUAAGUCGUCGAUAAGCGGUUAAGCGAGAAUAGAAAACAAUUAAAUAUCGCGUUCAUUCGAAUCGCGUUAAAUCGAUCGAUUCGUUUUACGUUUCUACACGCUACUUUACGCCUUGUUCGAAUGUUCCGUUCGAGAGAGAAAGAAAGAAAGAUCCUCGUUUCUUUUUAAAUUCGCAUCCACGAAACAAUACUGCCAACUUUUCGCGCGAUCGCGAAACGGAUUCCUUCGCAACUUCGCGUCUCUCGUUUCACGCAAUUUUUUCGUUAAAACGUGCAUUACGUUGUUAUUUUGUAUUUUUGACAAAGGACUGAAUAGCAUAUUUAAGUAUAAGCAAACGGGAAAAACUGAGCGCGAACCUACGGGAAGUUUCAUCGAGUUUUCGAACAAAAGUGAAUGUUCUCGUUCGACUAAACUGCCACGUGUAAAAAUCUGUUACACUCAUUAUUAAUUUAUCAUGCUCACAACUAUUAUAUAAAAACGUAUGAAUAAACCCGAAGAAAAUAUAUGAAUA